AUGAGACCUGUGGCAUUAAUUUUAGGGUUUAAGACAUUGUGGGUUUUGGCAUUUUCGUCUCUUUCCAACACUCUGGCGGUGAAUAACAGUGGGAGAUGGUGGGGCAUCAUCAACGUGGCCUCGUCCACCAACCUGCUGACGGACUCCAGGAACGUGCAGCUGGUGCUGGACCCCAGCCUGCAGCUGCUGAGCCGCAAGCAGCGCAAGCUGAUCCGCCAGAACCCCGGGAUCCUGCACAGCAUCAGCAGCGGCCUGCAGAGCGCCAUCAAGGAGUGCAAGUGGCAGUUCCGCAACCGCCGCUGGAACUGCCCCACCACCCAGGGGCCCCACAUCUUCGGCAAGAUCGUCAACCGGGGCUGUCGGGAGACGGCGUUCAUCUUCGCCAUCACCAGCGCCGGCGUCACCCACUCCGUGGCCCGGUCCUGCUCCGAGGGCUCCAUCGAGUCCUGCACGUGUGACUAUCGGCGCCGCGGCCCGGGGGGCCCCGACUGGCACUGGGGGGGCUGCAGCGACAACGUCGACUUCGGCCGGGUCUUCGGGCGCGAGUUCGUGGAUUCCAACGAGAAGGGGCGGGACCUGCGCUUCCUGAUGAACCUGCACAACAACGAGGCGGGACGGAUGACGGUCUUCUCGGAGAUGCGGCAGGAGUGCAAGUGCCACGGCAUGUCGGGCUCCUGCACCGUCAAGACCUGCUGGAUGCGGCUCCCCACCUUCCGCACGGUGGGCGACUUCCUCAAGGACCGGUUCGACGGCGCCUCCCGCGUCAUCUACGGCAACAAGGGCAGCAACCGGGCCUCGCGGGUGGAGGGGCCCCACCUGGAGCCCGAGAACCCGGCCCACAAGCCUCCCUCCCCGCACGACCUCGUCUACUUCGAGAAGUCGCCCAACUUCUGCACCUACAGCGGCAAGACGGGGCCGGCGGGCACGGCCGGGCGCUUGUGCAACAGCUCCUCCCCAGCCCUGGGCGGCUGCGAGCUCCUGUGCUGUGGACGGGGCUACCGCACACGGAGCCAGAGGGUCACCGAGCGCUGCAACUGCACCUUCCACUGGUGCUGCCACGUCAGCUGCUUGAACUGCACCAACACACAAGUCUUGCACGAGUGCUUGUGAGCCGGGGCCAGGCGGGAGGAGGGGCACAGAGGCAAAGACCUUCCCUGGGGAGGGAUCAAAAUCAGGGCCCUGCCCCCAUCCCGCCGAGCAAGGGCACCGCACCCGAGCAGCUGCUGCCAGCCGGAUUCUGCAGCCCCGUGACGCCGGAGCCUCUCGGUAGCAGACCCAGCCCCAGAGAACGGCGAGGGCCUGGCAGACGUGGGGGGGGGCAUCUUCUCCAGACCCCUCCAAACUCUUCCAGGCCAGGACCACCUGCAGAGAUCACCACCCACCCAGUGGUGAACCGAGUGCCCUCCCCGCCACCCCGCAGGGUCUUAUCCCUGGGCGCAUGUGGGCGAAAAGGGCUGGAUCAGCAGCCUGGAUCCCUCCCCGCUCCGCGUCCUCUGCCAACGCCCCUUGCGGGAGGUGGGGGUGGGUCUCCCCAGCCCAGCGCUGGCCUCUGUACUGAGCCCCAGCCUGGGACACCCAGCCCCACCUUCACGCUGCUCAGUCACUCCCAGCCCCGGGCAGGAUUCAGGUUAGCGGCCCAGAGACGGUGCCAUCCGAUGUCCCAGCCUCCCCCCGGCUGCAGGGCUGGCCAGGUCAAAGGCAGCUUGGAAAGCGCCCGGCGCCCGCGAUUACCCCUCGGACGUGUGUUUACAACGCUCACCAAAUGCCGCUCGUUUGCUUCUUGGACUCGGAGCAUUGUGCCGGGAACAGGGUAGAAAACGCUGGUCAGUCACCGUUGGCUGGUCUGGCUCGCGCAGUCAGAGCAAGGCUGAGAAUUUGGUACGUAACGUGCACUGAAGAAGUGGUCGGAAUCGCCAGUUUUGUUUUGUAAAUAAAAUAUUUAUUGUGAAUGGUUUUAUAGCCCUUAGCACCCGCCUGGCCUUGCCUUGCCAACCGGUGGGUCUCCUAGACGAUCCCUCUCCUCUGCCUUCGACAAAGAUUUUCUUCCCCUGGCCUUUUGGUUUCUAAUUAAAAUAAGAAGAACAAUGCUUUGUUACGGAUCUCAUUAAUAGCGGGCUAGAGGCAAAUAAAGGAUAUAUUUU